AUGACACCCCCAAAACCAGCGCGCAGCCUCAGCAAAUCUCAGGCGCCAACCAUGAAGCCGGACGCGUUCACUCAACAAUCUGGGCUUCGUGUGCCACGCGGACGCCACCCAGGCCGAGAAGCUGGCCGAACGAAGGACGAAACAAAGACGGACCCGCGCAAGGCGACAACGAACAGCAACCAGCAUGGCAGCAUGGACUUUGACGAUCUGGCGCCGCACGUUGGGCGAGUUCGGGCGCUACCAGAAGCUCCUGUUCCGGUCGAGGAACUCGCCGUUAGAAGGACUCACCCGCCAUCACGUCAAACGCCGUCAGCACGGAAGAAACGGUCACCAGACCCAACCGAGGACGAGCAACCGAAGCUGACACCAGUGAACGAACCAGAUGGAGAACCAUCCGGAGAUGGUACACCAGCAGAAUCGGAUCCACCAGACCAACAGCCGGUGGAAUCCUUGCCGGUUGACGAGCCCACACCGGAACCAUCCAAUCAGGUGCUGGAAAUUGAAGGCACGGUGGAAGGCGAACCGGAUCAGGGUCAACUGCAGUCACAAAACCAGGCACCCGUGCAGCUCGAAGAACCGCCUAAUAUGCAACAAACGGUGCAGGAUGCGAUUGAUAGCGCUGACUUGGAGCAGCUGGCCACUAUCGUGCUGAACGGUGAAGGAAAACAACUCAUUGGACGAAAAUCCGGCCAAUCGGAAAUACAAGCGUUUCUAGACAACGUUCCAGCGUACAUGGCUAAAAUUCGACGAGUACACCUGGCGGCACGCGAGGGAAGCUGCGACGAAAUUUCCCCGCACGGUGCAACACCCCUACACGUGGCGACGGUGUUCGGGCACGCAGGAAUCGUGUGCUACCUUGCGGGUCGCUUCCCAGAGACACUCGGUGCCAUUGAUGACGAUGGCAGGACCCCCCUGCAUUAUGCGGCAACCCUGAAGGAUAACGGCCACUUCUACAAUCUGCUGACGCACCUUGGCGCCAAUCCAAAGGUGGAGGAUAACCUCAACCGCUCGGCCGAGUAUUAUCUGGGUCACGUGCAAUCGCAGGGCGUGCUGUCCCAUCGGCAACUGUUGCGCGAUUAUGGUGCCAAGGAAGAACUCGCCGAUGAGAUGCUGAACGAUCAAGAGCUGGGUGAACAACAGGUCGAGAUACCUUUAUUCCGCACCGAGGAAGGUCGUUAUCUCGCCACGUCUCUCGGAGAUCCGCUGAUCAAGGGCUUAACGGAGGUAGCGAACAAGCGGCCACCGGAUCCAAUAACGUAUCUGGCAAAUUAUUUGUUUAACUUUGCCAAUCAAAAAACGAAACCCAGUCGUAAGGAGUCAUCAGAAAACGACUCCAAUAACAACUUCAUCGAAGGUUCUGUAAACCAACCGGCCGAAAAGGAGCUCGAGAGCUCGGGAAAGCAAACGCCAGCCAACAUAGCGGCCACGGUGCAACCGACGAUGGAACCGAUAGCAGUCAAGGAUGAAAGUCAACCGUCACCUGACGAGCCGGAUUUGAUACCAGCUCCUUCGGAUGAUCGGGACGAACACGGACAGA